AUGAAGAUGAUCUCGGCCCCGAGAACAAGAGUCUUCGCAGAAAGAAAUCGAAGCCUUGACAUCGCUAAAAACCCCGGUCCCAGUAUCGUGGAUGGAGGAAGUGGUUUUGUAGUCAAGGGCUUGAUCAAUUUAAACAACAUCUGUUUCUUUAGUUCCGUCCUCCAGAAUCUCUUAUCGGUUAACAGGCUUCGUGCUCAUUUCAUGGAAAUGGUCGAGCAAGUUGGACCUCUACACAUGGCUCUUAAGAACCUCGUCAAUGAAACUAGUCCAGCCACCAGGUCGAGAGAGGCAAUAAGCCCCAUAUGUAUUUUUCAGUGCCUUGCUGAGAAGGUUCCCAAGUACGAAGGAUGUCAGCAGCAUGACAGUCAUGAAUUGCUUCGCUGUUUACUUGACGAGUUGAAUGAAGAAGAGCUAAGAAAUCAGGGUCCUAAUGUCAUUAAAUCUACCUUUGGGGGGCGAAUAUCCAGUACCAUUUCUUGUUUGGAGUGUGCAAGCUCUUCAAGAGUGGAUGAGCAGUAUCUUGAUCUCUCACUGCCAAUUCCUUCCAAGAAACUCCCUUGUGGAAAGUUAGGAUCGGUUUCAGGAAAGAAACGGAAACUAGAGAGCCCCCAUCUUGAUGUUAAUAGCAAUUCAUGUCAAAAUGUUACAGUCCUGCAGCCGCCGUGUGGUGCCACUUCUAGUUUUCAGCAAACUGGUAUGGAUAUCUGCAAAAUAAUUGAGGAUGCUGUAGCCCGUGUUACAAGGUCAGAAUCCUCGGGGCCUAGUAUAACACCAAAUGAAAAGCCUUCAGUUCCAGCGAAUCUCUCGACUGAUGAAGAGUUUGAGACAGAGGCUUCCAAACGUGAUGAGACGUUGAGAAGAGAAUGUGGGGUCUCCCCGCCUGCUAUGGAUUCGAAAUGCAACGAAUCAUUGGACUAUUUGUUUGAGGAUCUGUUGGAAAAUAAGAUUGCAGAAUGUGGUCCUAUUAAUUACUAUAGUGAAUCUCUUCCAGAUGAAGUUGUUAAUAUCGAUUCUCCAGUGUCGUUAGAGAGUUGUUUCGCAUGUUUCACAAAGCUGGAGCGUCUUAACUGUUGGCAGUGCAGUGACUGCAUUAAACAGAAAAGGGUUCAAUCUGAGAAGAAUGAUGCACUGCGGGGGGGAACCAGUGGACAAGCGGUAGGAUCUGAAUUGAGAGGCAGUGGCAGCGACAACGACAGAUCAAACCCUGAGAGCAUGAAGAAGAAAAGGGGCGGAACUAAGAGGAUCCUCAUUGAUCAGGCACCACCUGUUCUGACCAUCCACCUCAAGAGGUUCAUCCAAGGCCCUGACGGUCGCCUGAGUAAGUUGGCAAGCCAUGUUGAUUUCAGAUAUGCACUUGAUCUCGCGCCAUUCAUGGAGCCAAGGAGCUUGGAAACAGAUGAGUACCAGUAUCGUCUGAUUGGCAUGGUGGAGCAUCUUGGGACCAUGGGGGAAGGCCACUACGUCGCAUAUGUGAGAGGCUUAAAGAUCACAAGGGGCGAUGGCACAGAAAACACUGAUUCUGCGUGGUACCGUGUAAGCGAUGACCAUGUCCUCGAAGCUUCUUUGGAAGAAGUUCUUCUCGCCGAGGCCUAUAUCCUGUUCUAUGAGAAACUCUGA